AUGGUCAGGGAUACGGGCGUAAUGCAGUCAGAAGAGGUGCCCGAGGUGUUGAGAGAGGAGAGCGCGUGGGUUGGGGAUGGCGAGCGGAUGCGAGAAAAAACAGCGGGGAAUUCUUUACCAGGUCGGGAGGAGGCUGCUGUUACCACCGCUGCCUCUGCUGCUGCUUCUGUAGCGCUUGAUGCUGGAGCUCAAACGGAACAAGAGGGGCGAGGCAAUGCAAGUGACUGCGAGGAGGGUGACUGCGAGGGGGGUGACUGUGAGGAGAGUGACUGCGAGGGGGGUGAGAAGGAAAUCAGCCAUAAUACUGCCGCUUCCUUGCAUCACGAGGUCCGUGGUAAGAGGCGAAGAUGGCGAGUGGAAGGAGUGGACGGUGAGAGCGGCACAGGGGAAGGCGGCACAGGGGAAGGCGGCACAGGGGAAGGCGGCACAGGGGAAGGCGGCACAGGGGAAGGCGGCACAGGGGAAGGCAGCACUGCAAUCACGUAUAGCCUUCAUCAGAACCGCUUUGUAGCAGCACCAGGGCUAGCACCAUCCACAUCAGCACCAUCCGCAUCAGCACCAUCCGCAACAUCCCGUUACUCCUCCACAGCAACAUCUCCCCCUGCAAUUCAAUACCCAUUCUCCUCAGCGCAACACCCUCGCCUAACCCAGCAACCUCAGGCGCCACUACAACUCCUGCUGCAAAAAAGUCAACAACCACGCAGUUGCCCACACCUUCCCCUGUCUUCCCCCGCCCUCUCUCCUGCCCUUUCCCCCGCCCUUUCCCCCGUCCUUUCCCCUGCCCUUUCCCCUGCGCUUUCACCUGCACUCUCCCCCACGCCUGCGCCUUCCCCCUCUCCUUCUGGCUCGCUCCCUGCAGCGCCUCUUGACUUCCUCUGCCCGGACAAGCUCCGCCAACCCCGCCUCUCCUCCUUCCUCUCCCCUCCACCCAUUCCUCCUCCCUUUCCUCUGUCCUUUCCUCCCCGUUCCUCCAAGCAAGGGGUUCCCAUCCCAGAUGCAACAUGCGGACUUUCCCUGCCAAGUGCCCUGCCUGCUGCUGCAGUGGUCCCUCCUGCUGCAACCCCUGCUGCUACAGGCUAUGGGGAGGGGAUUGCAGGGCGGGAGAAAGUCCGUGUGACUGUUCUGCAGCCAGGCAUGGUGCUGCUGCGGGGGCGGCUGUCAGUGCAGCAGCAGCAGCGGUUUGUGCAGGCAGCGCAGGAGACACGGGACCUGUUCCGCAGGCCAGUCACUGCUGGGGGAGGCAGAUACCACCUGUACUCGACCUGUUGGGGUGCGGCUUGGAGCUCCACGCUCAACCGCUAUGCUUCGGCAGCAUGGGCCCCGCCCAUCCCCCCUGACGUUGCUCAUCUUGCCCGACCUGUUGGGGUGCAGCGUGGAGCAGCACGCUCAACCGUUAUGCCGCUGCGGCAUGGGCCCCGCCCAUCCCCCCUGACCUUGCUCACCUCGCCCGGAGUCUUGCUCUCGAAGCACACUCGCACAGCCCUGUGUUCUGGGACGGUGGGGGAGGGGGAGGGGGAAGAGGAGUGGGGGGAGGAGAGGAGGGAGGGGUGGAAAGCGGGAGAGGAGGAGGAGGAGGAGGAGGAGGAGGAGGAGGAGGAGGAGGAGGAGGAGGAGGAGGAGGAGGAGGAGGAGGAGGAGGAGGAGGAGGAGGAGGAGCAGCAGCAGCAGCAGCAGCAGCUGCAGCAGCAGCAGCAGCUCUGGGGGAAGGAAAAGAAGCAGCUGCUAUUCUCGACACCUUUGUUCCAGACGUUUGCCUUUGUGGGCGACACUAUGAAGUUCUUCUUCCGGCCACUCCCUCCUCUGCACCGCCGUCGGUCCGGCAUUGCAGUGCAGAUUGACGACCCGGUGGCUGCUGCGCGCUCUGCGCUCGGCGAUGCUGCGCAUAACAGGGAGCGGUUUGUGUCUCUAUCAAGUGGAGACGUGCUGGUCUUUGGAGCUGCUUCGCGCCUUGUGUAUCAUGGAACCAGAGAUCUCGUCCCAGGAACCAGACCACCAAACCUUGUCAUGACUCCAGGCCGGCUCAACUUCACCUUUAGGGUGCAGGACAAGGGAGAGGUUGGUGGGACGGGCCAGCGUAGUAAGGGAUAG